AAGAAAAAGGUAAAAGAGGAAAAAAGACAGCUUUAUAGGGAAAUGUAUACAAUUUAGAGGAACCUUAUUAAAGAAAAAAAAUCCUGAGUAAACAGAAGUCUGUGUUUAAAGCUUUUUAAUUUUCAUGGAUAACAAGGCAUGCAAUAAAGUGCAACCGGUAGUGAGAAAAGCGAAAAAGAAGCAGGUGAAAGAUGAGUUGGAUCGUAUUAAACAGGCUGAGAAGAAAAAGAGGCGCUUGGAGAAAGCCCUUGCUACUUCUGCAGCCAUCCGCUCUGAACUAGAAAAAAAGAAACAGAAAAAGAAGGAAGAACAGCAGAGGCUUGAUGAGGAAGGUGCUGCAAUUGCUGAAGCUGUUGCUUUACAUGUCCUACUUGGUGAAGACUCUGAUGAUUCAUGUAAGAUUAUGCUAAACAAGGAAGAGGGGUUCAACCGUUGGGAUUAUGCCGGCAAUUUUGAUCUAUUUAUGGGUAGAGGGAGAGCUUGCCUACCGCAUCAGGCUCACACAAACUGUGAAGGGUGGGUCUCUAAUGCAUAUACAGCUGGAUGUGAGUGGCCUGAGUUGGGAAACAAUGAUUGGUCCUUCUCAUAUGGAGCUUAUGGAAGGGAUCUACAUGCUCCGUAUCUUGAGGAUGAAGGCUGGGGUAGUGCAGGACUUUCAGCUGGUCUUAUUGCAGCACAGGCUGUUUCAGCGCUCCAGAUCACAGAGGAUGCAGAGGUAGACACGAUUGUCCUCAAUGGGAUGUUGAGAGGCUAGACAAGUGUUUUGUUGUUAUGUUGCCAUGUUGCUUGGAGUCUUUGCUCAUAGCUAUGAAUAAUGGCUCUGUAUAUAUAUGUCUUGACUCUGUCAGUCAUCUGUUCUUAUUGCUUCUUCUGUAUUGAACAUUGUUGCACUAUCCUGCUCUCAUGUUUACCAUUUUAUCAAAUGGUCUGUUUCUUCAUAGU